AUGGACCACAGAACAGAGCCUCUCUACCAAAAAGAUGGCCAGCUCUACAAACACAACAGCACCAUCUCAUCCGUGCAACCGCUCUCUUCCCUCCCCCAGGAAACACAAGCAUUAUUCAAAGCACCAGAAGGCGAACCCUACAUCCUCACAUCAACAUCUACCAUCUUCCACGCCCAAGGCGGCGGCCAACCCUCGGAUACCGGAACCAUAACAUCCACAUCAUCCUCUGCCGGCCCAACCUUCCACGUGCACCAGGUGCGGAAAGUCGACCCAGCAAUUUUGCACGUGGGAACUUUUGAACCCGCGGGCGCGAAGUUCGAAGGGAAAGAGGAGGUAAUACAAGCCAUCGAUGUCGACAAGCGAGUUCUGCAUUCCCGAAUACACACCGCAGGCCACGUCAUCGGGCUAGCGAUCAAUCUCCUCGUGAAAGAAGGCGCACUACCGAGUGACAUUGUAGAUGGGAAGGCAAGCCACUACCCCGGUGCGGCGUUCGUCGAGUUCCAAGGCCUCAUUGCUGGGGACAAGAAGGCGGAUAUUCAGGCCAGGGUGGAUGAGUUAGUCGCUGGCGAUCUCGAUGUCAAGAUCCACUUUUGGACUGAGGAGAGGGCGAGGAGUGAUUGCACGGGCGUGCUGGAGAGUUUCAAGGGCGACGAGGAUGGCGUUCGCGUCGUGGAGAUUGGGAAUGUGGGGAGUUACCCGUGUGGAGGGACGCAUGUGUUGAAGUUGAAGGAGUGUGGGAAGGUUGUGAUUAGGGGGGUUAAGAGGCAGAAGGGGGUGAGUAAGGUUAGUUAUGAGGUGCAGGAUGCGUAG